AAGCUUUGUACUGUAAGGCUGUAACUGUGAAUUCUGAAACUCUGACCUGGUAGUCCACAGCUGCUAAUCUGUCUCUGUAUUCGUGGUUGCUUUGUACUCUCAACCCCUCAUAGAGCAUGGCUUCCUCCAUGGGUAGUCUGCUUAUACUCGCUCUACUAUGCUCAGACUGCCAAGCCUGCAAAACAUUUGGGUACAAAUAGAAAAGCAGACCUCUCUCUCUCUCUCUCUCUCUCUCUCUCUCUCUCUCUCCAUUGCAAAAGCAGAAAAAAGCUUGCUUUACUCUCUCUGCUUACUUUCAAACGCCAUUUUCAAUGCUGCAACAUUCACAAUCACAAGCCUAAUACGAAGUGCAAAAGCUGUAUCUAUCUCGUACACUCCACACGUUCCGUCUUUCUCUUUGCACCCACUAUAAAAACCCUCCUUUCAAAGUCCUAAACAAGUCACUCACUCAUUCACUUCCAUUUCUCUCAAAGCCUCCUCUCUCUCUUUCUUUUUCGCCAUGGAAGUUCUGUACUUCCUCAAGUUCUGGAGACCCAUCACCACCCACAACAAAGAUCAUCGGCCCUCUAAUGGAAAUAGUGACACCACCGAGAUUGCAACAACUGUGGUCGACACAGAUGAUGAGUUCAAUGAAGAUCAGGAAGACUCCUUCUUUGAAUUGGAGCUUACUGUGCCUGAUUUUGACAACAAUAAAUGCAAAAACAAAAAUAGCAUCCCACUAGACAACGAUAGUAACACUUUUGACUCUAAGCAAGAAAUUCUCCACAACUCGGCCAACAAAGCCGGCAAUAUCGAGCACAAAUUUCCACCACCAACUGUUUCUCUGUCUCCUACUGAUCUCCUCUCUAAAAGAAAGAUCCUUCCUAUUGAGCCCAUCUCAAAACCUCAGUCUCCCAUCUCCCCCCUCAAAUCAGCUCCAAGAUUUCGAGUCCUUAUGUUCAAGAAAUCAAAGUCAGUGGCAGAGCAUGAAGCAGGAAAAACGGGGGAAGCAGAGUUGAAGGGCGUCUUUGUCGACACCCCAAAGAACCAAAAGCAAGAAAACAAGCUUGUCGCUGUUAAAUUCAAGGUAAAUGAAGCUGCAAACGUUCCUAUGUUCACAAGGGAAAACAGUUCGAGAAAACAGAUCUCGGACGAUUCAUUCUCUGUUGAUUCGUCAAAGAGAUUCUCUAAGGAAGUGAUACAAAAGUACUUGAAGCUAAUCAAGCCUUACAUCAAAGUUUCCAAAAGGCAAAGCGACAAGCCGAAAUUCUCAGGGGAGUUACAAGUGCCAUCGCCGUCAUCUUCUCCGGCGACGUUGCCUUCUGGUUCGCCGAAGAAGGAGAAACAGGGGAGUAUUCCAGCAGGGAUUCGAGUGGUCUGUAAGCAUCUGGGAAAGAGCAAAUCCGCAUCGGCGGCGACCACGGUUCUCCCGUCAACGGUAACUAGGAGAGAUGAUUCGCUGCUUCUGCAGCAUGACGGUAUCCAAAGCGCCAUCCUGCAUUGCAAGAAAUCUUUCAACUCUUCUAGUUCUAGAGAUUCUUCUCUCUUGUCGCAAUUUGCUGGCGAUCCUUUGCAUGAUAAUUCUAUGGCUUCACAGAGGAUGUCCCAUGAAGAGAAGGGAAUCAAUUAGCACUUUCAAGCUCUAUUUCUCAUGUCCCAGGGGAGAAAAAAGCGGGAAAUAUUCUGUUUUAUGAAAUUGAAAAGCAAUACAAAGAAAAGAAAUUGAAUAGGGGACUCUGUUUUUGUUUUGUUGUAAAGGAAAGAGAAAAUGGUUUAAAAAAAAAAAGAACAGAAAGAAUCAAAUGUGCUAGGCAGGGUAGAUUAGGUUGUUUGAUCCAUAGCCAUGGACAUGAUGGUAAGGACAAAUGGACUCCCCGGUUGUUGUCUGUAAAGUUGAUGGGUCAUUAUGAGAAACUUGAAAGGAAGUCUGAUAAUGGAUUAUUGGGAUCUUUUCUCUUUUUGCAUCAAAA